GAGUUAAAGAAAGAGGAAGUGAAUGCUUUCGCCGAGGUGUUUACAGAACAAUCUAGCUUGGGUCGUUACUAGGAGGCUUUCAGUGGAUUUUAACAAAUAUUUGGGGGAGGCUAAUUUCUAGAAAAUGGCCAAACUACAGCUUUUGAAUGCUUACCUCACCGAGCGGUUAAUGGUGGCUGUAGAUGAGAUACUGGAGGUUGUUGGGGGGACAGUGUCAGAAUUCGAGGAGGAGACUGCCCGGACGAAGAGAGAGAAUGAACUCCUAAAACGAAGGCUACGAGAAGUUGGACUCGACACGGGAACGGAGUGUUCAGCAGUCUCGACCAGGCCUGUUUCUCUCUCUGUGUCUGGGCAGCACCAGUGGAGCGCCGACCAGGGUCCAGACCCUGAGUCUACACACACCCAGAACCACAUGGUAAUGAGCCAGGAUGAGAUGCCUGCCACACAUAGCCAGCUACCCACAGACUGCACCGAGUGGAAGAGUCUGUGUAACUCUCCAUGUACCCUGUCCUCACAACAGACCGAUACAUCGGCUACCACCCCAGUAGUAGCUCCAUUGACUUCAGCGUCCGUGAAAAGGGACUUGGACGAAGAAGACGACCAGCAUCUCCUUCCCUCUGCAAAUCCCUUCAGCAGCACAUCAUGCCCCGUGGACAGAGUGGUUUUACACUAUAACUCUGAGGGCAUCAAAACAGAGCCUAGUGAUACUAGCCCUACUGACUUGGGGUCAGUAUCUGCUCAGAUGGGGUAUGGUGAACUAAACCCCAGUUCGGACCCUGGACCAGCCACUGUUGAAACCAGGUACACUGUCUCAGACCUGAGCGCUGACCUGGAGUCAGUGGUUGCAGAGAGCAGCAGGUAUGGUGCCUCCACUGCCUCGGGCGUCCCCACUGACCUGGUAUCAGCUAGUGCUGCCAUGAUCCCAGAUGGCUUUUUCCGUCAGAUUGGCAGCGAUGGUUGUGUAACAACAGGGCCAGAACAAGACUUUGGGGACGCCACCACCACCAGUACCGUAGGUCCCUUGACAUCCCAGUUCUACCUGGGUCAAACCAGACGUCAACAACAAACAAAUAGAUCAACAAAUAGGUGUCAUCAACAAAUUAACAGGUCCACAAACAACAGGGGUCAACAACAAACUAACAACAGGGGGGAUCAGAGGUCCCACACGUGCCCUCAGUGUGGUAAGAUAUUCAGUCACGGGUCACGCCUCAAGAUCCACCUCCGCAUUCACACAGGGGAGAAGCCUUACGUUUGUGCACUGUGUGGCAAGCGAUUCAACAACGAUGGCACACUGAGGAACCACCGGCGUGUUCACACUGAGCUGCGUCUGUACGGCUGCCCUGUCUGCGGCAUGAGCUUCAAGGACGCCUACACGUGUAGGAAGCACCAGCGUGUUCAUAAUGGACUGCGGCCUGCCGGAGACUCGGCCCACACCUGCAGCUUGUGUGGCAAGGCUUUCAGUGAGGCGGCUAAGCUGACUAAACACAUCAGGACUCAUGCGUCAGUCAUUGGAUGAGGGCAGUACGACCUAUAAAGGCUUUUUUAUAGCAAUCAUAAAGGAUUUAUAAGCACUAUAUAAAUGCUUCACAUAUAAUCUAUAAGCGUAUGUUAUACACUAUAAAUGGUGUAUAAAGGGUGACGUAACAAUUACCACUGUAGGGUUUAUUGUAAGUUAAUAGACCAUUUCUAGAUUAUGACUUACACUUAUGAUUUGUAAAGCCUUUAAGUAGUGCUAUAUAAAGCCUUUAUUGUACUUUGCAACGGAGCUCCCAGGUGGCGCGUCCUGCUCAGGCACUUCACCUGACGUGCAGAGGGGCGUCACUACAGCCUGACGUGCAGACGGGCGUCACUACAGCCUGACGUGCAGACGGGCGUCACUACAGCCUGACGUGCAGACGGGCGUCACUACAGCCUGACGUGCAGAGGGGCGUCACUACAGCCUGACGUGCAGAAGGGCGUCACUACAGCCUGACGUGCAGAGGGGCGUCACUACAGCCUGACGUGACCGGGGAGUUCCAAGGGCGGUGCAUAAUUGGCCUAGCACUGUCCGGGUUAGGGGAGGGUAGGGUUAGCAUGCAAUUCCUUGUCUUAACUUGCUCUAGCGUCGUCUUAUGGCGGACUGGGCGCCUGCAUGCUGACUAGGGUCGUCAAUCGAACAGUGUCCCGUCCAACACCGUUGGCCCGGCUGACUUCCAGGUGUGUAUAAGAAGCAGCGUGUUUGUCCAAUCCUCACUUCUCCCGAGCCCGUUGGGGAGUUGCCGCAAUGAAACACAAUUGGAUACCACAAAAAUGCUUUCCUUUCUAAACGGUAAACAGAUAUGUAUGAAAAACUCAAAUCCAAAAUGCUGGAGUAUAGAGACACAUAAGAAAAUUUAGCUUCACUGUCCAAAUACACAUGGAGGAGAGUGUAUGACCAUGGCUGCACCAGCUUCAACGGGACAUGCCUUUGUGUGCUCUUGUCUGUGGCAGAUAGUGAGCCUCCUGCAUCUGAUUAUACAGUCAUCAGCGAACCCACAAGCAGUAGUUGAAGUCAUCAUCAGAUGUGAUGGACUACCUUAAGCAAGCAGCAAGUGUGUGUGUAGAUUUUUUAUUUUAUUUGUACUGUGCGUGUGUUUUAUUUUACUGUAUGCGCACAGUGCAUGUUUGUCCAAAGGGCAGCGGGGCUCAGUCUGUUACAGGGAGGUUAUUGACUUUUGCUGUGUUGUAGUAUUGAUCCACUUCCGGCUUGUGACUCUGGGGGUGGAGCCUGCUGACCUUAGAGACUGCAGAGGAUGAACCAUGGGUUGAAGACGUUGGUGUCAAACACAAUUCCUGGAGAGCCGCAGUCAGGUCUUUUUUAAAGAACGCAAACAAGCAAUGUUUUUAGGAUCUAGACCUGCAAGAAAAGCCGGGGUUAUGUUCACUUGAAACUAUUUGAACUUGUCCAAUAAGAGUCACUGAUUCGUUAAGUAGAAGGGAGGAACCAAAACCCACAGACACUGCAGAGCAGAAUCUAAAGGACUGGAGUUUUACUCAUGUGGUUUAGGAGUCCCAAAACACAUUCCUUACCCCAGGAAAUGUCAUAAGGUCACGCUAUAGGAACAUUUCAGGAAUAGGAGCACCCCGUGUCUGCACCGAUCUGAGAAUUUCAAUUUGGAUAACACAAACCAGCUUAGGAUGCCUCUAUUAGAGUCUCACCAUAUUCUCUGAUAGCAAGUGCUCAGACUUCAAGUCUUAUUGUGGCACUGAUAGAGCCUAAUGUACAGUAAAUGGGAUUAUUUUUAAACGUG